AUGACAUCAAUAACAAAAUCUGUUCCCAAUAAUGAUACUGUUUUCAACGUAAUUACGAACUAUUUACAUGCUUCAUUAUACGAACAUCAAGAAGGUAAUUUACUUGAACCUGAAAAAUUUUUCGCUCGCGAUGUUCAUAUUAUUAUUUGGACUCUAACGAUUUUUACUUACCUUCUUGCAAUUCCAAUAGUCGUACGACUAGUUCGAACUCGUGCUUAUUUAAAUGUAAUUGAUUAUUUUUCGUUUCAUAUUAUUCUUUGUGCAUUUAUUGCAUGGAUUCCAUCUCUAAUCCUUCUUCUUUAUCAUUGGUUUCAAUCAUUUAUAUUGCGAUUUUGUCGUUUGCAUUAUGUUAUCUUAUCAACAAAUGAAACCGUCCCGUUAUUCUUCAUACUUUAUAUGACAAUAGAACGUUUUCUCUAUGCUCACCCAUCAAUAAAACAAAAAUGUACGCGAUUUUCUCUUAUGCCUGUUAUAUAUUUAUAUGCAAUUUUUACUUGGCUUUUAACAAUGCUGAUUUACGCAUUGGCAUCCCCAUUCACUUCAAAUGAUUCGAAGUCGAUUGCAGCAUUGUAUACAACCCAGUAUUGUUCAUAUAGUUAUAAAAAAUUACAUUUAAUUGAAUCAAGUCGUUCAAUAAUUUAUUUUUGUUUAUUUGUACCAUCUUUGAUAUUAAUUGCUUUUGUUUUGAGAUAUUUUUAUCUGAUGCGUGGUACAAAUCAAGUUCCAUCAAUACAAAAACUAUGGACAAUACGUGUUACAUCAUUACUGUGUAUCGUUGUUUUUUAUGAUGCGUAUUUAUAUUAUCUUGAACAUAUUGCUGAAACCUACAAAUCAUUUUUAUUCGCAUCAAUAUUACGUUCAAGUUUUUAUCUAAUACAAUUACUAAUAAUUGCUUUUACAGAGCCAUAUUGGCUUGAAAUGCUAUUUGAACAUUGUGCUUGUCUCUGUUGUAUGUGCAUGGGUCAACGACGAAAACCAAUAAUACCAAUUGCUAUGCCAACUGAAACAGAAAUAGAUACUUUACCAGGUUUAUCAUCUGCAGGACAUUAUUCACUUGUUGAGGAUACAUUUAGUGAUGAAUUUGAUCAAGUUACUAAUCAACCAGAACCAGUAUUACGUGUUAUCGUUUAA